AUGGCUACUACACAAGAAGCAGAGGCCCUUGUGCCCAAAUUCAAAUAUGAGCGCACGUUGAAUCAAGACCAAGCAGGGAGACGCACAUCCCUCUACGGCACGAUCGACUCCCAACCCGCCCUGGUGGUGCUCGAGCGGGCGUCGUUCCCCAGCUCGGCCGACUACCUCUCGUCGGUGACGGGGACGCUGCGCACGCUCAAGAACCUGGGGGCCAACGACGUCUACUUUUGGUACAUGGCGGCGACGGGCGGGGCGGCCGACGCGGCCGAGGACCUCAAGAUCAACCUCAUCUACCCGUGCACGGAGCAGCACGUGAAAAAGUACAGCAAGCAGGGCGUGCGGUUCGUGGUCGAGACGCCCGACGUCUACCGGACCAGGGUCCGGCCCUACAUGCAGGCCAAGCGCGAGGCCGGGCGGCUGAGCUGGGUGUACAACAUCAUCGAGGGCCGGAAGGAGGUCGAGGACGUCAUCUACCGCACGCCGCUGGGCGAGGCCGGCGACGAGGGUUUCCUGCUGCUUCCCGAUCUGAACUGGGACCGGUCGACGCUCGAGGCCCUGCACCUGUUGGGCCUGGUGGAGCGGCGCGACAUCUGGAGCCUGCGCGACCUGACCAAGAGGCACGUCCCCUGGCUGCGGCACAUGCGGCAGAGGUUCCUCGACGCCACCGCCGAGGUGUACCCCGAGAUCGAGCGGGACCAGCUCAAGCUGUACGUGCACUACCAGCCCACCUACUACCACUUCCACAUACACAUCGUGCACGUCCAGCUCGAGGCGGGAGCCACGCAGGCCACCGGCAAGGCCGUGGGGCUGGAGAGCAUCAUCGAGCAGCUUGAGAGCAUGAGCGGAGGCGAUGAUGCGGGUAUGGAUUCAGUGUCGAUGGGCUACACACUUGGAGAAGCGAGCGAGUUGUGGACCGAAAUUUUUGAACCGCUGAAAAGAGAGACUAUUUCGAAGACGAGUACUUCUGCUCAAUAG